UAUCUAAGCCAUUAAGGAACAAGGUUAAAACAAUCCUAGUCGAGCUCGAAGGCGAUCAGCAUUCAGCAGCGACUUGGAUCUCUGAUUCUCGCUCUCUUGUCUCUGUAUGUGAAGCACACACCAUGAGCAACAUUGUUACUAAGGUCGCAGUGGUUGGAAGUGGAAUAUCUGGAGCUGUAUGCGCAUCAACUCUUGCAAGGAAUGGAGUUUCAGUCACCCUCUUCGAAUCCGCCCGAGGCCCUGGUGGCCGUAUGUCCCAGAGAAGUCUUUGAAAUUUCGUAUAGAGAAAUUGCUGAAGAUGGGAAGGAGCUUUUGUUCGAUCAUGGUGCCCCAUUUUUUAGUAUUAGCAACACUGAUGUGUUAAAGCUUCUUCACGAGUGGGAACUGAAAGGUCUUGUUGCUGAGUGGAAAGAGAAUUUUGGGUCUUUCGAUUGUCUCUCCAACAAAUUUCUUGACAUAGAUCAGGAAGGAUUGGGCAAAAGAUAUGUUGGUGUGCCGGGCAUGAAUUCUAUUUGUAAAGCAUUAUGCAAUGAGACUGGAGUGGAAAGCAAGUUUGCGAUAGGAGUUGGGAGGCUGGACUGGUUAGAUAGUGAGAAUUCAUGGUUGGUGAUGGGCAUGGAUGGACAAAAUCAUGGUUCUUUUAAGGGAGUGGUUGCAUCGGACAAAAAUAUUUUUUCUACGAGAUUUAAAGAUGUGACAGGAUGUCCACCACCCCUUGAUUUGAGUUUGGCUCCAGAAUUGGCAAUGAAGUUGCAAGAUAUUCCUGUUAAUCCAUGUUUUGCUCUUAUGCUGGCAUUCACUGAGCCUUUGUCUUCAAUACCUGUAAAAGGCUUCUCGUUCAAAAAUUCUGAAGUUUUAAGCUGGGGUCACUGUGACAGCAGCAAGCCUGGUCAUUCAACCACAAGUGAACGAUGGGUAUUGCAUUCAACAGCAAAGUAUGCUCGUGAUUUAAUUGCUCAAACUGGACUUCAGAAGCCUUCAACUGCAACAUUAACAAAAGUUGCUGAAGAAUUGUUGGAAGAAUUUGAAAGAACUGGACUCCAUGGCUCGCAACCAUUUUUCAAAAAAGCUCAUCGAUGGGGAAGUGCUUUCCCAGCAGCAAGUGUAGCUGAAGAAGAAAAAUGCUUCUGGGAUGGUAAGAAGAAACUGGCCAUCUGUGGAGAUUUUUGUGUUAGUCCAAAUGUAGAAGGUGCAAUACUUAGUGGCUUGGCUGCUGCUGCAAAGUUCAUAGAAGCACCGGGUUGCUUGUAGGGUAAUUUUAUUAUGUAUUUCUUUCCCCUCCUUAUCAUUCUAAAUUAUGGUGCAAUUUGUUUCUAUGAAGUUGAAAGUAAUUUAGAAGCUACAGCCAAUUACUCUUUAUGCCAAAAUAAUAAACAGAAGGUACGUAAUUGCUGAUUGUAUUGGCUAUGUACAUUUUUAACUUAUUUCCAUUGUUGUAAAGCUUUGACCAUUUAAAUUUUGCAAAGUCAUAUAAUAUGUCAUUCCUUAUUUGACUUCA